AGCUUCACUGGCAACUGAGUACUGAUCUCCGAGUCUCGAGUGAUGUUGUAGGACCGGCUCGAUGUUGUGCUCAGAUGCAGGGGCACGAAGCUCCGCAGCUGUGAAAUACAGCUUCAAGUGUCUCAUUACCAAUUAACCAUAUACACGCGUUCACCGUGCUCUAAUUGAGUUUCAUUUAAGUCCAACCACCCGUCCUCCCCACCGGUCAUGUCUAGCGGUGCUACUUCCGUACGACGCCGUGCGAUGAUGGGUCUACCAAGCCGUACCACGCACAGGGGGAGCAAACACGACGUCCAACCGAAGUCACGCCUUCCAAUUGAAGUAUACGAGGAGGUCAUCGACUGCAUAGCGUCGCGAGCUUCGUUUCCCGAGAUCGACACAUCGAUAGCCCAAGACGACGCUGACAUGCCAGUGUCCGAUCAACCACAAUUGUCCUGGCGAGCCACGCUCGUUGCCUGCGCAUUCGUAUGCCGAGUUUGGCGUAUCCGCGCCUUGUUCCAUCUCAACAGGGACGUCUGGUUGCCAUCCCGCAAGCACGUCGUUUCGCUUUCGAGACACCUGCGCCGGCAUCCUGAUCGGCAGGCCCCUAUUGAACACGUCUUCAUCGUCAAAUCAUCUGCAGACCACCUGUCUACGUUCGCGAUGAUGCUCGCGCGACAGCUCCCAAGCUUGCGAUCACUGACGCUGGUCGACGUCGACUUCCGGACAGCCCGCUCUCUACACGCGGGCAGCAUCAGGCAUCUCUCUGCGUAUCCCAACAUGACGCGCCUCGAGCUUCGCUUUGUGGCGUUUGAAACGGCCUCCCAAUUUGCCUCUCUGCUGUUGGCCCUUCCGCAUCUCCGGUACCUCGCCUGUCACACUGUCUUCUGUCUAGACGACCAGCGCGUCAUGUCGUCGUCCAGACUGCCUCAUAAAAACCAGUGCGAGAUCGUUGUGUUCGACUCUUCCGAUGAGAUAGUCGAUGCCUUGGCCACGCUCAGCACGAUCCUUUUGGCUAGAAAGUUGACAUAUGCUUCUCCGACUCGCGAAAGGCACAUUCAACAAGGGCAGCAGCUGCUAGACGCUUAUGGUCCGAGUCUUUGUGAUGUCCGGAUUGAUGUACCGGAACUCGGUAUUCGUGAGAAACUCGAUAUGGGUCACACCAACUGUAAGCAUCCGACCUUUCAUCAAUGAGACCUCGUCUAAUUAGUGGCCCACUCUUUAGUAGACAUCUGCAUUGACCUGUCUCGUCAAACUAGCUUGAUGGAGCUAUACAUUGAUUGUCCGCUUU